AUGCUCUGUGCACCGCUGCUUCUGUCGGGCGUGCUGUGCACUGCCCUGGCCGGCUCCAUCUCUGGCCCCAAGGAGUGCGCCAAGGGCCCGGCCGUGUGGUGUCGGGACCUGCAGGCGGCGACGAGAUGCGGGGCCGUCCGGCAUUGCCGCGUUUCGGUCUGGAGCCAGCCCACCACCAGGUCCCUGCCCUGUGACUUGUGCCUGGAUGUGGCAGCCACUGCCAGCAACGGGCUGAACCCCGAGGCCACCGAGACCGAUGUCCUGGCUGCAGUGAUGAAGACCUGUGAGUGGCUUCCCAGCCAGGAGUCUUCGGUCAAAUGCAAGGGGAUGGUGGAUGCCCACUACUCAGCCGUCCUGAGCAUGCUUGGCGGGGACCUGGGCAGUGCCCCAGGACAGGUAUGCACGGCUCUCACCCUCUGCCAGCCGCUGCAGAGGCACCUGGCCACCCCAAGGCCACUCUCCGAGGAGGACAUAUACGACGUGGUGGCCCCGUUCGUGGCCAAUGGCCUCCUCAGCUCCCGGCGUCAGCAGAUUGCCGCGGGCACUGUGUGCCAGGACUGUGUCCGGCUGGUCACCCGGCUCCAGGGUGCCCUUGGGCCCGGCCUGUCCAGCCUGGCACAGGUGACCACACGGGAACAGUGCAAGUCCCUGGGGCCGGGCCUGGCUUUCCUUUGCAAGAACUACAUCCACCAGCUUUUUGCUCCUGCUGAGCAAACACUGAGGUUCAUGCUGCCCAGCGAGAUCUGCGGGAAGGAGGGCUUCUGUGAGGAGCGGCAGGGAACCCCCAACUCGGCUCACGUGGCUGCCGUGGACGGAGUCCCUGCCCUGGAGCUGGCGUCUCCGUGGAAGAAGAGCGAGGUGCAGAUGCAGGGUCCCGUGGCCUGUGACGUGUGUCUGCAGGUGGUGCAGAGGCUGGACCACUGGCUGGAAAGCAGCAGCAGCAGGACCCUCAUCAGCCAGGCCCUGGAGCGUGUGUGCUCCGUGCUGCCCCCUCCCGUGGUCCGGGAGUGCAUCAAGCUGGUGGAUACCUACAUCCCCACCCUGGUGGACGUCCUGAGCAGACUCACUCCAGAAAAGAUGUGCAUGGUCAUCCGACUGUGCAGGGGAUGGAGGCGGGCCCGGGCGGUCCACGAGGGCCCCACGAACCCACCCCCUGGCCUCCUGGACAAGGACAGUCUCUGCAGGGGGUGCCAGCGGCUGUUCGGUCUGUCCGUCCAUAACCUGGAGCAGAAGAGCACCGAGCACCGCAUCCUGCGGGCCUUCAAGCUCGCCUGCGGCAUCCUGCCCCUGCCCUUCGUGAUGCAGUGCGGCCGCUUCGUGAGCGAGUACCAGCCCGUGCUCAUGGAGACCCUCAGGGACAUGAUGGACCCGACCACCCUCUGCACGAAGUUGCAUGCUUGCCACGACCCCAGGGACACGCUGCUGGGCACCGACCAGUGUGUCCUGGGCCCAAGCUUCUGGUGCCAGAGCCGGGAGGCAGCCCAGAUGUGCAACACGGUGGAGCACUGCCAGCGCCGCGUGUGGAAGGAGGCGCCCUUGCAAGCCGAGAGCUUGGGUGACAGCGGCUGCCCGAGCCAGGAUGCCCCUCCCCUCGAGAGGCCCGCCUCUCCUUGA